GUUGUAGCCAAUCACAGUUUUCUGAUUAGUUUGGGGGUCGGUGGCAACUAUAAAAUAUAGUUUGUGGAACCUAAACACAACUAUACUGUGUUCGCGUCGUAUUGUAAUGAAUCUACAGCAGAGAGACUAGGCCAUGUUGCUGCUCAAGUUAAUGAUGCCACUGAAGAACAUUAAUGAGGACAUCAGUAAUUUAGAUAAGAAGAUAAGCGUGCAAAAGGCCAGUGAGAUGCUGAGAAGCAAGAGGAUUAAUCAAAAUGAUCAAAAAUAGAAGUUUAGCUCCUCGAUUGCACGUACAUUGUGAAAAAUGUUACAGUCGCCACUGUAAAAAGUCAUUUGAACCUUCUAUUUCCUGUUUGGUUAUCAGUUGUCCUUCCAAGUGUGGGGCUGUUUUUCAUCAGUGUAAGGAAAAUGAGCACACUCUAUUGUGUCCUCUGGAACAUGUUCCUUGCAUAAAUUCAGCCUUUGGCUGCCCCUUCUCCAUGGCACGCUACAAACUUUCCAAACACCUUCGUGUCUGCCCUGCCAGCAUUGUGUGCUGCUCAAUGCAAUGGAAUCGCUGGCCAGCUAAUGAAGAAGACAUAAUAAUGAAUAAUGUUGUUGAAGAAUCCCUGAAUCCGGAGAAUUUAGUGUUGGGCACUGCAAUGAGGGAUCAGCAAAUAAUUUUCAAUUCUGUGAGGAUGGCAGAACUUUUUCCAGAGAUGGCAGAGAAUGUUAAUGAGAAUGAUUUGGAUUUGAAAGAAACAGGGGCAGAAGGAGGAUCGCUUGUGGCUUCUGCUUGUUUGGAUAGCGAUUAUCUCAAAACAGGAACAGAAGUGCAUCAAAAUGGAAUUGACAAAAUCAGUACUGAUGUAGAAGACAUGGUUGAACUAACCCAAGAAGAACAAACAACAGAAUCUGAGGAAGUGAUAGAUUUUGCUAAGUAUUCUUCUUGGGAGGGUAUCUUCAGUAAGGAUAAAGGUGGCUGUAUGACUGAAGAGAAAACUGCAGAAGUUAUAAAUACUCAGAAAAGCAAGAAAGCAAACAGCACUGAUAAUAAGAAAAAUGUGACUGAAAAUAAAACCAAUUCAUCGGACCCAUCUUUGUUAACAGCAGUAGAAAUCACAGGUGAAGCUCCUUGGCAAGAAGGUGUCCUGGAAAGACUGCAAUCUCGGAUGGAUAGAAAACAUUUCAAUAUGUACUUGGUGCAUCAUGGCAGUAUGCUUAUUCGAUUUGGUCAGAUGCGUGCAUGUACACCCAAAGAAAAAGACUUUGUUUAUGGAAAUCUGGAGGCCCAGGAGGUUGUAACUGUCAACACAUUUAAGAUUCCAACCAGCUACCGAAUGAAUCGUGAACAUUAUUCGUCACGUAAGAAAGAAAUGGAAACCAAAUCUGUGGACACUUCUGACCUAGACACAGUGAUUCCUCAAAAUGAUGAAGUAACUAUUUCAUUGCUUUGUUAUUUGGAGAAAAUGCUAAAAGGCCAUGCCAUAUCAGAAACAAAGACCACUAAUAGACUAGUAACUGAUGUUGCGACUCAGACUUAUUCUUUUCCCUCUGCUCCUUUUGGUCGUGAUGUGGUUUUGGCUGAUGUAGCGGCAGAGAAAGCUUCUUGCCUAUAUUUGCAACUCCAGACAGAAUGCAUCACAAAAAGAUAUAGCAAGUCGAUUUCUGUCUUUACAUUCAUGUGUCACCAUUUCUUCAGACGAGAUGAGUUUUCAUCACACUUUAAAAAUGUACAUGCUGACAUUCAGUCAUCCCUGAAUGGAUGGAUGGUACAGAAAUGUCCUUUAGCUUAUCUUGGCUGUUCCUACACCCAACAGAGAUUCUGUCCCUCUGCACAGAAGGCAAAGAUGAUCUACAAUCAACAACUAAGUGCGUUUGCAAUCAAGCCAGAUGUUCCUCCAGUUUUGUGUCAGAAUGGUAAUGGGGACAUAAAUGCAUGGGGAAUUGGGAAGAAUUUACUUAGCCUAUGUAGCCUUCCAUUUGAGAUCCUGAGGCACAUUGCAAGCUUCUUGGAUGGUUAUAGCCUAACACAGUUGUCCCAAGUGUCUGUAUUGAUGAAUGAGGUCUCCUCUGCAUUACUGCAAGAGCAUGGCAUGGUCCAUCUUGUCUGGGAAAAGAAAAAUUACUCGCCUGGAAGUUUUUCUUGGAGAGCUCGAAAAAGGAAAUGGCAAUUCAGCUCUUUCUUUUCCACAAUUGAAAACUGGAAUUUUAAUGACAACCCCAGCAUGGCAGAACAUCUGAAAACUUGUUCAUACUAUGUGACAGAGUGUAGAUCAAAGCGUGUGCCUCUCAUCAACAUGUGCAGAACUCAGAAACCAGAACAAGAGAAAAUGAGCCUUAUUCAUAUGUUUAACAGAAAAAAAACAGCAAAUAGAUUUUCCAAUCUGAUUGCAUGAAAUUUUAAUGUUUUGAUCCUGAUUAUGUUACUGUUAAUUCGGUACUCUGAAAUGGUAAGUAUCACAGUUUAUAUUUAGGACAUUGUAUUAGUAAAAAUCAUAUCAUAUAUGAAGCACAGACUGUAUUCUGCUUGACAUAUAAACUUAAGCUAGGGCAAUGUUGCAAGGUAAUAUAUAAUGGAUGUUUGACCACAGGUUAUCCUUAUGUAAUAAGACAAAGUGCAUAAACAUUAUGUUAAACCAGACUUGAAUAUAAGAGUUGUUUCAUGUAGGUGUAUCAAUAGGAACAGAUAGGAGCUUGCAAACAAUUUAUUGUAUCGGGAGUUUCUUUUUAUAGUCAGAAUCUAAUUUACUCAGAUAAUGUCAUGUCAGAAACUUAAAAUGUAUAUUGUUAUUAGUGUGGUACAUGGAUCUGCCAACAGGCUUCUCUUUUGCAUUGUAGGGUACAGUUCCUUCAGUUCUCAUCAGAGUAGGAUUUUGGGAAUGUCAGCUAUGGAACAUUCAGGGCAGAACCUGAACUUGAAUGGUAGAGGAAGAACAACUCAAUCUGAUUUGCUUCUGUACAUUUAUUUGUAGUUAGCUACAGAAUGAUAUGACAGAAUGAAAUGGGAAAAUAGUUAUUUCUUAAUGAAGUUUUGCUGUAUUAAAAUUGAAAAUAGGACAAUUGUGCUUCUAAAGAGAAUUGCAUGUGUCAUAGACCCUCUGAGAUAUUCUGACUCUUGACUAGGGGUUAUGGUAUUAAAAAUGAAUCCUUCAUUGCCUUGAACACAUUGCUGUAAUACCCAAGCUCCUUAUUGACACAGAGAAAGAAUGUUCAUUCACAGAACAAAUAUCUUCCACUUCAGUGGCCAGAAUUUUAGAAAAUGAUGUGGCUAUGCAGAUCUUUGUUACAUGUUUCAACAAUGGUAUAUCACAUUGAAGAUUACGUUGCAUGCCCACCAUGUUUUUUUAAACAAAUUUACAAAACAAACAAUAUGAUUUAAAAUUGAGAAAUGUUCUAUUGCCCAGGAAGGCCACAACUACGACUGGAAUGUCUUGCCCACUGAAGAACAUUGAGAACUAUACUCUCAGGAUGGAGGUUAGAAAACAGAGUCAAUCUGCGAUGCACAAAUGUUAGCUUCUUGGUGUUAAUAUUUCAGAGGAAGUCAAUUUGAUUCAGUUAAUACCUGUCUUGGAACAUUGUCUAUGAGUCAGAAUAUUGUGCUUUUAGAAUUUCUACCUUGCUUUUGAGGUCAAAUUAUAGGCUGAACCUCUACUGCCAUCUUGAGGUAACCAUGAAGUUGCCUGUUACUGUUGAGAUGGGAGUUUAAAGAUCCCAAUGUUUAAAAAAAGAUUGGACAUUCUCUGAUGUUCUAACAGUAUUCCUACUUCAAGAAGUACCUGCAAAAAUCAAAUUAAUUGAUCCACCAGCUUGGCUGUUUGUGGGACGUUGGUGCAUUUUGUCUACAUUACAAUAGGUCCUGCUAUUGAAAAAAACAUUGUUUACGAUGCUACAAUAUGCCAAAGCACUAUAAAUGAAAGAACUGCUAUUGAAAUAUAUUGACAUUGAUGUCAGUAAUCUUUGCACUAUUGUACACAUCAUUUGUACUUUGGUUAUCAGUGGAGUAUUCAUUUUGUAAUGCUUUGCAUACUAGUUGAUGAGACUGAGAUCCUUGGAUCUGUUGAAGAAAAGAUGACUUAUGUACUCAAAAGUUGAGUAUAACAUUGGGUUGUAAUAGGACAGAAGCGGAGAGGGAUUAGAUUGGAAGUGUUGAAGCCAAGACUCAUUACAGAUGCAAAGGCCUUAAUAUUUAUUGAGGAGCAAUCUUGGAGGAGUUAAUGUGGGGAAACUUAGUACGAGCCUUCCUGAACACUCUGGAGUUUUAAUUAAAGGCUGUGAUUGGAUUUGUUUUUUUAAGAUUCUCUCUCCCUCUCUCUCUCUUUCUCCCCCUCUCUCCCCCCCACCUCUCUCUCUCUCAUUCAUUGCCAGGCUGGCUGGUGGGAAAGGCAACAGAUAUGUAGGCCAUUUGUCCCCUCAUGUCUGCUCUGCCAUUCAGUAAGAUCCUGGUUGAUCUUUUAUUUUGAAGCUACUUUCCUGCACCAAUCUUUUAUCUCUUAAUUCCCUAAAUAUUUAAAUAUCAAUUAAUCUCUGUCUUGCUAAUGGUGAUUGAGGUGAAGUCACAAGAUGGGAAUUGCCAAGACAUUGUAAAAUUUGAAGGAGUGGAGACUGCAUAGUGGUGGAAGUAGUGAAGUUUGGGGUUAUGGAGACUUCAUUUCUGCAAGGAAAGAUUGCAAAGUCUGUGAUCUCAUAGGAAUUAGGUGGGGAAUCAGGACUGUGGAGUUUUACAAGAAUAGUUUACUUCUUCUGGCCAGGUGUACCAGUCAGUAAAUGAUGCAAAUUCUACCAUUGCCUGAACCACGUACAUUCUAUUGGACAACAGAAAUGAUUUAAAUACUGACCAUUUAGCAUGUUGCAUGUGGCUUCAGGAAAUAGAUUUAUAAAUUACAGUCAUCUAAAAUAUUGAAAACAGGGAGAUUUUAACUGGGCUUUUGUAUUACAAGUGUUAACAGCCAAACAUAAUUCUUCUCACAGUGCAGGAAUAUUUGGAGUUACAGCUGUAUGUAUCAUGUUAAUACAAGUUAAAUUUCAAUUGAUUCUUGAUCAGCGCUACUGAAACUUGUCAAUGGCAGUGUGUGGGGAUGGUAUUUAUUUAACUCAAAUGACUGAAUGAUAAGAAGGGAACUUGAGACUCUACCCUUCAGAGUUGCUGGCCGGUUGGUAUAUUCACAGAAAGCAAAUUAGUAGACGGAUGACUGCUCUGUACUGGUAUUGGCAUCCAAACUCUUUUGCCUCUACGCAGUUCAAACUUUUAAGACUUGUAGCAAAAUUUAAAUUCAA